AUGCGUUUCCAUCACGCCGACACUGCUGGGCCCCGAUUCCUGCAGUCGACAUACCAACUCAUCUUCCGUGCAAGAUUAGACUCAUCCCACCUCGAACACGCCUUUCAUGAACUCUUGCGAACCUGGCCGAUCCUCCGAGGAAGACUGAACUUUAUGCGUACCGGGUCAUUUUCAACGGACGAUACAGCAGGAUUUUGGCAGUUAAAGAAGAUAGAAUCUCCGUUGGCCGAAUAUUUUCCUCUCAAUCACUUGGCCUGGGAAGAGAUUGGAGAGCCAGAGCAAAAGCUGGUAGAUGAACUGUUUGAUUUACCGUCGUUCAAAUCGUACCUGUUACCUCCAAUUCUCCGGGUCCAAGUUUUACAGUUUCAGGAUGGGUGUCUUAUGCAAUUCAUUUUACAACAUGCAUUUUGCGAUGGAACAGGUUUCCAUCGAAUUGUCUCCGCAUAUGCUUCACUUGUGCGUGGUGAGACAAUUCAGCCCAUUGACGAAAAGCGGCCGUCUCAACUCGUGUUCCAAACAUCUAUAGAAGGAUGCGAAACUCCAAACCAGCUCUCCGAGCAGGUGUAUCAACUGACAUUCCGGCAUUGGGCAACGGGAUGGAUGGGAUUGAUUUUUACUGGUCUUGCUCAGUGGCUGAUUAAGGCCUGGUCUCCCAGCGAGCGAUUACUCCGAAAUAUGCAUAUACCUCCCAGUGUUAUUGACCGGCUCAAUAAUCUCGCCAAGCAGCGAGAUCUAUUUUUGACCAGAAAUGAUCUGCUUAUGGCGAUUAUAGCACAGGCUGCCAUGGCCUCAUUUCCGGACAUAUCCCGAAUACCAAUAGGCUUCAUGUUGAACUUCAACAAAGGCCUUGCACGACCGGCCUCAUUACACAAUGGCUUCUGGCCGGUAUCCAUCCCUAUGCCUCUUUCCCGGGAAAUGGACAUGCAUGGCCACCAGGAUGACCAGCUCAUCAAGUUGGCUAUCCACAUCCGCCAGGCUGUUAAUGCCGCGCGCUGCCCGAGAACCUUGGAGCUUUUCCGCAAGUGGUAUGAAACAAUGGGGAGCUGGCAACCACUCUACCCAGCAAACUUCUACCCAAAUUCCCCCAAUAUCCAGGUAUCCUCUUUAUCGCAAGAAUGGUAUGACAUUUCCUUCGGUACCGAAAGCAAGCCUUGUCAUGUGCAGAUGUACCCAUCUAUGAUAGAUAUCUUUAACGCCGUUGGUUUUUGUUAUCAUGAUCUCAUCAUCGCAAUAAAGGACCGAGACGGAGGUGGGUACUGCAUUCGUGGCUCACUACAUAAGGAGGUCUGGAAACAACUCGAAUAUCUUCGUGAUGAAUGA